AUGAAUCUGAGUGGAUCAAAUUUCACACCGGAAAUUUACGAUGACGAGAUAUAUCAUAAAAACUUCCUCAUCCAUUCUCGUUUUUGGGUGCAACGUAUUCUAGUCCCAACAAUUAUGACCAUUGGCAUUGUGGGAAAUGUUAUAACCAUAGUGAUCAUGACUCGGCGCCGCAUGAGAAGUUCGACAAAUAACUAUUUGGCGGCACUUGCAAUAUUUGACAUGAUGUAUCUCAUAUUCACUUUCAUUUUGUCACUAAGCCACUAUCCCCAUAUCCCUGACAGUGAUCAUUACAUAUACUGGAGAAUGCGUCCUUUUAUAUUUAUGCUAACCGACACUUGCAGCAAUACAUCUGUUUGGCUUACAGUGACGUUCACUGUAGAAAGGUAUAUAGCCGUAUGCCAUCCAAUGAAAGGAAAAGUAUUCUGCACUGAGUCAAGAGCCAAGAAAGCGAUAGUCACAGUUUUCUUGUUCUGCUUCACAUUCACUAUACCAACGCCAUUCGAAUGGAAGGUAGUUGAAAAAAUCAAUGAAUCCACUAAUCAUACGACGCUGUAUUUGGAUCAUUCUGACAUGGGGAGGAAUUAUUUAUACAAAACUAUAUACUACUGGCUCACUGUUGUUCUUUUCAUAUUCAUCCCUUUCAUACUGCUUGCCAUCUUUAACAGCUUCCUAAUCAGGUCUGUGCAUCUUUCCAAAGUCCAACGUUCUUCAAUGACAAGAGGUGAAGGUAGUGACAGCAGUCAAGAAAACAAGAUAACGAUGAUGCUGAUUGCUGUCGUUAUAUUAUUCUUUAUUUGCCAACUGCCUACGGCCUGCCAUCUUCUUUAUAGUACUCUGCACGAAAACUUCAACGUAAAGCAAUUAUAUCUGCUACACGGUCUCGGGAACAUAUUUAAUUUCUUGAUGUCCAUUAACGCGGCUGGUAACUUUGUUCUUUAUUGUCUUCUCAGCCAAAAAUACCGGAGGACUUUUAUCCAAAUAUUCUGCCCUUGCAUGCGAAACCGUAAAGGUAAUAUGAAUUCGUUUUAUUACCAAAGCACGGUGUGCAGCAACGUGGACACGGACAGUCCUGGUAGUAGUUCAAGUCGGAGGAUGAGUAACACUCGCUUGAACCGAAUAAACAACUGCAUGAAAGAUUGCAAUUCAGAUACGUGUCAGAGCAGACGAAACAGUCCAAAUAUAAACCUUGGAAGAACCGUUUUUUUGCAAGUCCCUAAAACUUCAGCCUCAAAAGUAAUAUAUGACGACGAUGAUGUUGACAGCUUGAGCGGAAGCUCUAACAGGAAUCAGGUAAUAUGUGGACCAUUUAGGAGAAUGAUGCGGAGGCCUUGGAGACAACUGAAAAGAUCAAUAGGCAUCAAAAAGAAGGAUACAAGGGAACAAAUCAUUCCGUUGAAAGGUGGCGGAAAUAAAUGCAUUGUCAUAACUGCACCAGAAGGUAUGCCAACUUCGUCUGAAUGGAACACAAAUUCAUCAGUCUAA